AUGAGUACCAGCAGCAGCAACGGUGGAGGUGGAGGUGGAGGUGGAGGUGGCGGUGGUGGACCUUGUGGAGCUUGCAAGUUUUUGAGGAGGAAGUGUGUGGCGGAGUGCAUAUUUGCACCGUAUUUCGUCUCCGAUCAAGGCGUUUCUCAUUUUGCAGCGGUGCAUAAAGUGUUCGGUGCUAGUAACGUUACCAAACUCCUGCUGCAUAUUCCCGUGAACAAGCGCCGAGAUGCGGUCAUCACCAUUUGUUACGAAGCUCAAGCUAGGCUCAGAGAUCCUGUCUAUGGCUGUGUUGCUCAAAUCGUUGCUCUUCAACAACAGAGCGAUGGAGAAGUGAGGACCCUAUACAGAGCUGUUGAAAGUCAUUGGUUUCGUUUUCUUAUUUUCUUACCACUGAUGCUCUCAUCUCCUAAUGGCGACAUAAUGGGCACUCUUAUCGAAGACAGUGAGAAGGGGCUCUUUGAGGUGGGGCUUCACUAUAGAGAAAAGGAGCCGGAGUUGAAGGAGAGGAGUCGGAGAUGGGAGGCCGGCAAGGAGUUUAUUACACCAAAUGACCAAUAA